GCUGGACAAGGAUGACAACAACAAGAGACGCGACCACCCAACCAGCAGCAGAAGCGAGUGCCUGGCUCGCCAUAGCUUUGGCUAAGGCUUCUGGGCUUAGUCUUAGCCCAGUCAGGUCGGGCCUUGUUUAAAGGAACGCAUCUACCAGCUAGGCGCUGUCCUCUAAGUCCCUGCUGGGCUUUUGCGGUUUUGGUAAGGCCUUUUAUCUAGAUUUGAAUUUGAUUGCUGAGGCCAGCUUAGUCGAUUUGUCGCUAAGCAGACCAAAGCUUACAGGCCUUUGGCCUUCUACAUCAGAAUCUGCGAGCGUAGCAUCUAGAUGGCCGCGAGUUCUUGGAUUUUCUUUGUCGGUCUGGCGUAGUGCUUUAUCCAUGGCUGGGAACGUUUGGGGAUAAAGACUGACAAAGUCUGAGUUGAUGGUGACGAAUUUAGCACAGGAGCUCGAGCAUUUUUUAGGACAGAGCCCCAAGAAUUUAGAACAGGAACUCACGAAUUUCACACGGGUAGAGACUGCCUUGAACGCUGCGAAAACUGCCUAUAAUUAUGCGGCAGGUACUAACUGGUCAGGGUUUGUCGAAUAAUGAGUUUCAAUUUGAGACAUCGUUAUCCUUCUCAGCGAUUUUUAUCUUUGUAUGCGAUCACCUUUAAGGAUUUCUUCUAGUUGGGGCUCCACCUGUCUGUACACGUGAUCGUUAAAAUAUUUUAUGGAUACUACUUUACAACAACGACUACCUCCUGUUGUUUCCAUUUCCAAGACAUCUAAAACAAAGUAGACACACAGGAGGACCUUACUUUUUUUAUUCUUUCCGAAAACAUCUUCACUCAUCUGCAGGUAAAAUGUCGAGCACGCCAACCAACAACAUCUUGCUGGCGACUCAAAAACCGCAACUCAAAAAAUGUGAAGACGGGCUCACGAACUUCGAACAGACUUUACAGAAGCUCACGACUUUACGAGAGGCAGCGGCUGCGUUCGACGAUGCAAAGGCUGCCCGUGAAGCGGCAAGUACCAAUUGGUUAUGAUUUGUCGAAUAAUAAGCUUCAAUUUGAAACAUCGUUAUCCCUCUCAGCAAGUGGCUUUUUUUUGUAUACGAUCACCUUUAAGAACUGCUUCUAGUUCGGGCUCCACCUGUCUGUGCACGUGAUCGUUAAGAUAUUUUAGUUAUGGAUACUCCUUUACAACAGCGACUACCUCUUGUUGUUUCCAUUUCCAAGACAUCUAAAAGUAGACACACAGAAGGACCUUACUUUUUUUAUUCUUUCCAAAGACAUCUUCAUUCAUCUGCAGGACGGGGCGAUAGUCCGCAGGAGGUGAACGAAAACAAGACGCUGGAGGACUGGCAACAGAAUCUCACGACUUUAAGACAGAAAAAGACUGCAUUCGACGACGCAAAGGCUGCCUAUGAUGUGACAAGUACUAAUCGGUUAUGGUUUGUGAAUAACGAGUUUCAAUUUGAAACAUCGCUAUCCUUCUCAGCAUGUUUUUUUUGUAUACAAUCACAAUCACCCUUUGUUAGUGCUCCACCACUAUAACACACAGUCGCCUUUUACUUGUCCAAGACAUACAUAGAACUAGGAAAGUGCAACUUCAUCUUUCUUGUAAGGUUCAUUCAAGACUGGUGUCGGGAAAUAUUACGAAGCGAAAAAGAGAAAGUAUGAAGUUCUCUCGAGGUUGGGGGUGUUGCAGAGCACGGACAAUGAAGCAACACGUUCAAUAAAGGACAAAAACGAAAAGUGGAUGUUGAAAGAGUUAAGGGUUUGGGAAAUUCAUCUCCAAGGUUAAUAGGUCAUCUGAGCGACUGAAACAAGAAAAAUAGCCUGGCCAGAUGAAGAUAUCUGAGAUGCAUUUCCUACCACUCUAAAAAUAGCGGAGGAUCGGGCCACACAAACACAAAGCGACUUGGAUCAAGCAGAGGAAGACUUCAUCAGCGCAAGAGAUCAAGGUGGUUAAUCUUAAUUCUCUAAGAAAGUUCAAAGUCGGACUAACUUGUAUCUUUCAGUAUGUAAUGUUGGAGCAAACGAUUUCUAGACUUUGUGGUCUUUGUUUCUACCCAUGAUCUCGAAUAUAUUCGCUUUGCACCACUGAGUGUCACUUGAUAGAUUCAGCAAGUUAUGAUUUAUCUUCUUAAAAAAUACAGAAAAGUGCUUUUCCCUUGUUGUCGUGUACUCAAGAAGUUUACUCCCUUUAUGACUCUCAUCGAAUCCAUAUGCAGCGGUGAAGAAUUUGGGUCUUAACGAUUUGUCGAAGUUGGCGACGCACGCAGAAAACUUCAGGAAGCUCAAGCCGCCCAGCCCCAGCGACCUUGACAGCCUCAAAGCAGAAGCUUACUGGGACAUGGUACGAACCUGGCACUUUACACGACUACUUUCACAAUCAUCGGCGCAAACUACACCGCACUAGCUUCCUCAUCUUCUGGAUAACCUCAGCAGCGCUGUUCUACCGUAGCAUCUUUUCUUGGAGUUCUCAGCUUUUCAUUUUAUCUUUGAUUAGAUUCACAUGUGUAUGAAGAUGAACGUUUUUUUUUCAAGAAAUUCAAACUAUAUCCCUACUCUAUUCACUGUUUACUCACUCACAGGUAUCCGGGUUCAUGUAUGCUGUAUCUAAUCUUGGUGCAGUAUCAGCUACACCUGCAGCCGGUGGAGCGGAUUCAUCUUCAUCAGCUUUGCGAAUUUUAAUGGAGAGUCGCAGAGAGCUGGUCGGCGUCGCGAUCGAGUAAGAUUGAAGUCUUCUACUUUCUUACUCACUGUACUGGGGGGUGCGAGUCAGGGGCAAUAAACUUGUGAAAACCAUUCUUCUUGAAAAAAUGAGUAUUCGUAUUGGAUCCUUUCUUAUCUUGUUUAUCCCCACUCUAGCAAUUGAUGAUCAUAGGGCCGCUGCCGUCACACGAAUCCCUUUCACCAUCCUCAUCCUCAUCCACAUCCUCAUCCUCCUCCCCAUCCUGAUCCUCAUCUCCAUCCUCAUCCCCAUCUCCAUCCUCAUCUUUCUCAUUGUUGUCAGCUAUUCGGCCUGGUCUGACGCACAAGAAAAAGAAAUCUUUAGCGAGACGCUGCCUACAAAGGACCCGCAGGACAUCGGUCGCACGGAUGCACCUUUUCGGGAUUUCGCUUUAACCUUCGCUCUCUUCAUGGAUACCUUUGAGGCUGAUGGUCUGAUUGGAGUUCAGCUUCAAGUAGGUGGAAGCAAAUAUGCGUUUUCUACGGUGGAAGGUUAUGGUCAAGGCAGAACUUCUGGCAAACUUCUUCUUACCCUUGACACAGUAGAGGUCGCACUGCUCGUUGCCUUGAAUGUCCUUCAAGUUCGUGAUCCACCUUUCUGAUGAUGUGGAAUUUACUUAGUUGGUCGCUUCCUUGUGUGACUGCGAAACGGACGAAAAAAGUGUGAUUAAGUGAUUUGAGGUUUUCUUUAGUGGUGAUAAUGAGUGUGGAAGCAACAAAUUCAAAAAAUUUUACAACACAACAAGAUCAUCGGAUCUGAGGGUAUCGAUUUAGAUGUCUUAAAGACCGUCGUGAAUGUGGAAAAAAUUCGAAUAUUUUGUUUAGAUAUUUUCAUGCUGUAAAAAGAAGUGCGUUGUCUGUCUCUUCAGAAGUGGGUUGUAAACUGUAAAUCAUUACUAUUUGUACUGGUAAAACUCAAAUGUGUGGUCGGUGUCAGUGCUGUCGUAUCUACGGAUCGAUAUCAUGCGUAUGUACUUCUUCUCCUGGUUUGCCUCUUUCAGUGGUUGCGUCGACGAAAGAUCUGCGGACGCUAUUAUCGAAUUGAGCCUAUUGCCAAAACGAAAACAGUCCAGCAUCUCCAUGGGCGCUAUAUGAAUUGUCCAUUGCUAUAUAUACGCUGUAGCGUUUACUUAAUACAUUAACCAAUCCAUUUUCUGAGUGCAAUCGAUCUUCGUUUGCCAUUGCUGUUCUCACAUUUUUCACCGUGUUCAGCGUCGAAGCUGUUAGAUUGAGUUUUUGCUUUUCAACCUGAACAAGACAGAGAAAUUACAAGCGAAGAAAUAACAAGAACGCCAGUCGUUGCAGUCCCUUUUGUUUCAAGAUUUGUAGAGUUUGUAACUACCAUGAAAAAAGUUAUCAACUUCAUCGUUUCCAUUGUUGUGGAAACCGUCUCGCUGAUGAUAACUAUCAGGAGCACUACCACUAUGUAUAAGAAUUACUUGUGCACUUCCCCUAGAAUCUAAGAAAUAAUCAUAACAAGUGCUAUUAAUCACGACGACGAUUCACAUACAUAUGACUACCUCGCUUUUCAUUGCUAUUUUCUCUUUCUUCCUUCGCCACAGUACGCCAACACUCCGGCGUCUCUUGGCACUCGUGGGUUGACUGCUAAAUAAGAUAAGUAGAAACUAAGUCGGGAGGUUCAAACUGUACACUCACAACCAGAAUAACGUGGCACGUGCAGACCGCUGCACACUAUUAGCUAGUAUUAAUUGCUAUCAGUCGAUUGGGCGUCACCACUUUUGUAGCUUCCUCCAGGAGAUAUCCAAAUCCACAGCAAGAUUGGUAUAAUUUGACUGGCUUUAGACCACACGGCAACGAACUGGAAGCGUGUAACUAGUCCUAUGGAAAAAAAAGAAGCCCAUCUGCCGAGGGCAGCCGGGGCCGCCAUUAUAUUGAAUUGCCAAGAGAUACGGAUAGUGCCUCAUUGUUACGCUCACAGAUAUUCUUGCAUCCUGCCGCUUCUGAGACAACGUGACGAAUUUUUUUAGAAACAAACCACCGAGGCCCAGCUCGGUCAUCAAGAUCAAGCUGCUGCGUUUCGCCUUGACGGAUUUUUUUAGAAACACACCACCGAGGCCCAGCUGGGUCAUCGAGAUCAAGCUGCUGCGUUUCGCCUAGAUUUUUUAACUUAAAUGAAUUAUGAUGGUCGAAGAGACGCCAGGAUUAAUUUUUUUAGAAGCAAACAACCGAGACCCAGUUCGGUCACCAAGAUCAAGCUGUUGCGUUUCGCCUAGAUUUUUUAACUUAACUCAAUCCGGACGGUCGAUCUACUUCCUUCAGUUGGAGCGUAAUCGCGAAAGUGUAGACCCCUCGUCAUAAUUUUUAGAGAUAUAAGCCAGGCCACGAAGUAUACCAUUAUUGAAGAAGCUCUUUCCCGAGCGUAGCAUCUGAAACGCCCGCUGUCGCGCGCUUCGUCACCGCCGUGACACAACGGUGACCCGAG